AUGUCAUCAUACGCAGCACUCAAGCCCAUCUUUGACGAAGCAGGACAAGGCCAUGUCUUUACAUUCUGGGAUUCCAUCAAGGACGACUCGCAAAAACAAUCAGAUUUAUUGACUGCAUUGAGUGGGAUUGAUCCUGCUAGAUGUAAUAGGAUAUUCAAGAAUACUGUUGGUGGUGGAAGCAAGGAUGUAAGUGGUGGUGGUGGGGGCAUCAAACCAUUGCCAUCUGAUUCUGUGUAUAGUACUAUUACUGGGAAUGCUGAUGAGAUCAAGAAAUGGAAACACGAAGGCCUCAAACUCAUCUCUGAAAACAAGGUCGGCCUCAUCCUCCUCGCAGGUGGUCAAGGAACCCGUCUCGGCUCAUCAGCACCCAAAGGAUGCUACGACAUUCUCCUCCCAUCCCAUAAAUCUCUCUUCCAGCUACAAGGAGAACGAAUCGCACGCCUACAAAAAGUCGCCGAAUCUACCUUCAACAAACCCGAAAACACUGUAAUCAUCCCGUGGUAUGUCAUGACGUCUGGACCAACACGUAAACCAACUGAAUCGUAUUUCAAGGAACACCGUUACUUUGGCUUGAUUCCAGAGAAUGUAAUGUUUUUUGAACAGGGUGUGCUACCUGCUUUUGACAGCACCGGGAAAAUAUUCAUGGAGAAUGAGUAUACGCCUGCUGUAGCUCCAGAUGGUAACGGUGGUAUAUAUGCAGCGCUACGUAAAGAGGGUGUGCUUGCCGACCUGUCAAAGCGAGGAAUCCCAUAUAUACAUGCGUACUGUGUUGACAACUGUCUUGUAAAGGUAGCUGAUCCGACGUUUAUGGGGUAUUGUGUCGCCAAGGAUGCUGAAAUGGGGUGUAAAGCCGUACCAAAAACAGCACCGAACGAACCAGUUGGUAUCAUAUGUAUCAGGGAUGGGAAAUAUGGGGUUGUGGAAUACUCGGAAAUGGAUGCUGCCUUAUCCGCCGAACGAGAUAGUAAUGGUGGAUUGGUAUACCAGGCGGCAAACAUUGCAAACCAUUUCUACACACUAGACUUUUUAUCCACGAUAUGCUCUGAAGAGUUUGAAGGCAAACUCGACUACCACAUAGCACGAAAAAAAAUCAAACACGUUGACUUGGCAUCUGGCAAGAUGGUGUCACCCGAUAAACCAAAUGGUAUAAAACUCGAAAUGUUUAUCUUUGAUGUACUCCCACAUGCCACCAAAGUCGCCGUGCUUCAAGUCGCACGUGCAGAGGAAUUCUCGCCAUUGAAGAACGCACCUGGAUCGCCUGAUGGUGAUUCGCCAGAUACUAGUAGGAGUGAUAUUAUGAAGCAGCACAAGAGGUUUUUGGAGGCUGUUGGGUGUAGUAUUGUCAAUGGGGAUGAGGGAAGUGAGGAUGUGGUUGAGAUUUCACCAUUGGUGUCGUACGAAGGCGAAGGGCUUGAAUCGUUUGCUGGGAAGAGUGUUAAGACGCCGAUACAUAUCACGUCUGUAUAG